AUGAAAUACGUCUUCUGGAUAACUGGAGACUACAAAUCGCAUGCGGAUGACAAGUUCGAUCCCUCGGCAUUGCCAUUGAUUAAGAACAUUAAUUACAGAGACGUGGUGGCCGAGAAUGUUAAUAUGUCGGCUAAUUUGGCAGGGAUUUCAGGAGAUCCAUUCACGGAUAUUUGUGUUUCAAAUGUGAAGAUUGGAUUGUCGGCGACGCCUAAAAAGUUGCAGUGGAACUGUACGAACAUUGAGGGAUUUAGUAGCGAUGUGGAUCCGCCGCCAUGUGCUCCGCUGGCUAAGGCAGCGAAAAGCGGUGGAUGUGACUUUCCCGAGGAUCAGCUGCCGAUUGAGAAUGUUCAGUUGAAGUCAUGCUCGGUUGAAAUUCCUACCUUCUCGUAA